GAUUUAAUUAACAGCAACUAAUUAGAAAUAAAUUCAUAAAAUGUUUGGUAUUUUAAAGAGAUUAUUUCUGACAGGAAAGUGUUUCUGUGUUUCUACCAUGGACUCAGAAGAGCUGUCAGGUGGAUUCUUAACUGGUUUAUAGAACAGAGAAUUUAAGGAAAAACAGUCCACACCAACAAUGGACACAGAAGAAGCUUCUCAAGCCCUGUUGAGCUUUCUCUCCAAACUUGGACUAGAGAAAUAUUAUCCCAACAGACUUUCACGUCAGUCUCUCUUGGAGAUCAACACAAACAGCUUAAAUGAAAAACCUGUUUCAUCUCUAGAGGACAUACCAUGGUACUUUCUCAGAAAACUUUUUAAAAUCAGUACCAAGUGCAGGAGCUGUACACAAAUAACAAGCAAUCAAAAGGAAAACAAUGAUGACUUUGACCUGAACCUUUACACUACAAAUGACUCUGACAAUAAAAUUAACCCUCUUGACCUCAUAGUAGCUCUCUUCCUUUGUGCUGACAGCUUCUUACAACAGGAAAUGUCUCUCAAAAUGUCCAUGUGCCAGUUUUCUGUCCCACUGCUGUUGCCUCAUGGCAAUAAGAGUCAGUGCAGCCUGAUGCUUUGGGCUCUGAGAGACAUCGUCAAAGAGUGGCGUCCACAUGAUCUGUCUGAAUCAAGAGGUUUUGUUGAAGACAACAUUGUCCAAGCAGAUCUACCGUUCUAUUCCUUUGUGAGGCUGAAAAACUGCAGUUUAUCAAAGUCUCACUUUUUGAACCAGGUUCUUAGUCGUGGUCAACAGAAUCACAAUAUCUUCAUACACAGAGAUAUGAAAGGAGGAGGAGUUAGAAGAGAAAUAUCCAAUGGACUGGUGGAGGUCUGCUGGUAUCUACCAUGUGGUACAGAAAAUCUAGACAUAUUUCCAGAACCUGUGGCUUUUGCAAAUAUGAGAGGAGACAUUUGUGAGUCACUUCAACAGUUCAGUUUUCUUCGUCGUGUGUCAAAUGUCACCUUUGUGUUCCUGGACAAAGUUGAAGAAAAUGAGUUGAAGGUUCUGACUUCUGUUAAAGAUGUGAAAUCUAAACUCUUCCUGGUAGUUAAUCAAAAGGACGGGAAUGUUAAAGAAGACAUGGUGUCAGUCAAGAAAGCACUGGAGACACUGGAUUUUCCAAAGGACAGUUUCAUAGUAAAAAAAACAGGUGAUAAUGCAGCAGAGUUUUCAAAGAAACUUUCUGAAGCCAUCAAGACAUGUCUCUCACAUGUCAAAGCUACAACCAGCAUUGUAAAUAUGUUUGACAAAGCUGUUGAACUUGGUCUGUCUGUGGAUGAAAACAAAACUGACCAACAAAACAAAGCAGCCAAAGAGAUCAUGGAUGGUAUUGGAGUCAGAUUGAUUCCACAAUACAAGAGUCAGCAACUUCCUCUACAAGGAGAUAACUGGAAAAAGUUAUCAGAUUUAGAAAAGGAGGAGUGUAGACCAAAGAAAUCUGGUGACUGGAAACUGGAAGAGUAUAAAAUUUACCGACAAGAUAAAAAACAAAUAAUUAGGAAGGAGCUAAACACGUACAAACUAUCCAAAGGAAUGGAAACUUUUAUUUCUAACUUAUCAACAAAUGACAAAGAAAAAAGAGACUUUUUCCUCAAAUGGAUGAAACUAAAACUUGAUUCCCAUUCAAGAAAAAAACUGUCUGAUCUGCGGAAUAAAUUCAAAGAGCAAUGCACAAAGAAAGAUGUGAAACAAAUAGCAGAGUUGGAUCAAGCUUUGGUGGAGAGCUCUUUAGGCGUAGAACAUUACAUGAGAGAGAUGGGACUGAUCUAUGAAUUUGUGCCAGAACCUCAUCAUGAAAGAUAUCAUCUCCCUUCUCUGGCUGCUGAACUGCUGUUGGAUGGAUAUCCUUUAGAGCUCUUGGAUGGAGAUGCUUCCAACAUCCCACAGAGAUGGGUGACAGAUGUGCUGAUGGAGCUUCACAAGAAGGUUGGAGAGAAGAGCAGACUGUUGGUACUGACUGUAUUAGGAGUCCAAAGUUCAGGGAAGUCAACACUCCUCAACACCAUGUUUGGUGUACAGUUUCCUGUCAGCAGUGGCAGAUGUACCAGAGGAGCUUAUAUGCUGUUCCUCAAAGUCGGAGAUGAUUUGAAAAGUGACUUAAAGUCUGACUUCAUAGUUCUCAUUGACACAGAGGGUCUAAAAUCUCCUGAUCUGGCACAACUAGAGGAGAGUUAUGAACAUGACAACCAGCUGGCAACCUUUGUAAUCGGCCUCAGUGAUGUCACCAUCGUCAACAUCUCAAUGGAGAACUCAACUGAAAUGAAAGAUGUCCUGCAAAUCACAGCCCAUGCAUUCUUGAGAAUGAAGUUAAUUGAUAAAAAACCCAUUUGUCAUUUUGUUCAUCAGAAUGUUGCAGAAGUUUCAGCUGAUUCCAAGCGUCUGAGAGAAAGAAAACAUCUGUUGGAUCAACUCAAUGAAAUGGCACAAAUUGCAGCUGAAAUGGAAAAACAACCUUCUAUCAAAGCCUUCACUGAUGUACUGGACUAUGACAUAGAAAAAAACAACUGGAACAUCCCAGGACUCUGGUAUGGAACACCUCCAAUGGCUCCAGUGAACACAGGUUACAGUGAAGCUGUAGCUGAGUUCAAGAAACAUCUUCUGGAGACAAUGAAAGAUGAAAGAAGAUCUGAACCCUCACAGAUCCCUGAGUUUCUAGAAUGGAUGACAAGUCUCUGGAAAGCAGUCAAAUAUGAGAACUCCAUCUUCAGUUUCAGAAACAGUCUUGUGGCUCAUGCCUAUGACAACCUUUGUAAAGUGUUCAGUGAUUGGGAAUGGGAGUUCAGGAAAGAGAUUCUUUCCUGGCAGACAGAAGCAGAGGUAGAAAUCUUAAAUGCUGACACUGAAUCUGAGAUGGAAACUAGUAAAGAUAUUAUAGAAUCAAAGAAAUCUGAAGUGUCCAAAAAAAUAAUGAAUGAACAACAAAAAAUGGAGGAUAAACUCAGUGACUACUACAAAAAGAAAGACAGACGUGUAAAUCUUAUAGAGAAAUACAAUGUUGACUUCUUCAACAACAUCAAAAGUCUUGCAAAAGAAAUCCAGCAGUCUAUGAAUAUUAAACUGGAUUGUGUCCUUGAGCGAAAAGUAAAUACAAAAAAAUCUCAGGACAUACAGAGGAAAUACAGAGAUGUGAUAGAAGACCAGGUCAUGAAGCUUGUGAGUGUCUGCAAAGACUCCAAACUGUCUGAUGAACAGUUGAUACAAGAGUUUGAAAAGAUGUGGAAUGAGGCCACUGCAGAUAUUUCUGACCUGAAAGAACGAGAUAUUAUGGAAGAUGUCCUCUCCAAGCUGAGAAAAAGGUUCUCAAACCGGAAUGUCAUUGAGGAAUUAGGGAAUUUUGACUUAAAGGACAUUGGUCAUGUUCCAUUCAAAAUCAAAUCUGAUCAUUUUGAUUCUUCGAUAAAAAUUCAAAGUUUUAUGGUAAAUGAUUUGCAGAGCUUGGCAGACAGUGUCAUUGAGUCUUGCAGACAUUUUGUACUUGAUAAAGUAAAGACAAAUGAAGAUUACCGUGACUCUUUCACGAUGGAACUUCUGGAGAAAAUUGAUCAAUUUCUUCAACAAUGUUAUGAAAAUUAUAAAACACAUAUGAAUUUUGAGAUUGAUCUCAAACUUCAUAUUUGUGGCUUUGCUUCAAGGGAGUUCCUGAAAAUGCACAGAAAGUUUUUGUCAGGUAUAAAUCCUAAAACUCAGCUGGAGAAAGACAAGAAGCAGUACCUGUCUGACUUUCUGGAUUUAUACAAACAGAGAGAUCAAAGCCAGAAAAAAGCAAAUGAUUUUGUCAAGUUUUGCGUCAAACCUGCUGUGGAAGACUACAUCAACAGAUCUCUGGGAAUAGACAUCGUGGAUGAAAUCUUGACGAGCUCCCAUUCAGCUGAGUUCAGCUCCCGCUCUUAUUUCCAGUACAACAGUCAGAGAGAGUUGCUGAAGAAGAAAGACUUUCAGAGCUUUGUCAAGUACAUUUCUAGAUAUGAAAUAUUUGUCAAAGACUGGAUAUAUCAGCACAUUGUUCAAACAUUGUCUGAGGAGAAGACUCUGUACAAACUGAAGAACAAAAAUCUUGAGAUCAUAGUUCAGAAACUAGAAGCAGCAACAGAACAGGCCUCAAAAGGAGAGGAUUGUGUUCUUCUGCCAGAUAACACAGAAAGCAUCACCAAGUUCAUCAGUAACAUGAGAAAAUAUCUGAUUAAAGACAUCUCAAUCUCAGUGGAGGCUGAAAAAACAACACUGUUUCACAUCCAAAGCACAUGUCAUCCAUUUAUCCACAGUUUGAAGAUCUCAAUAGAAGAGAUGAAAGCUCAGCUUCAGGAGGAAUUCUCCAAAUCUGAAAACAUCACUGAGACUCUGAACAAAAUUCCAAUCAAACCACAGGAUGAGCUUUUCAAGAGAGUGUUUGGUUGUGGAAAACAAUGUCCAUUUUGUAAAGUUCCCUGUGAGGCUGGAGGCAAAGAACACCAGAAACAUCAUGCAGCUGUACAUCGGCCACAAGGUCUUAGUGGAUCCACAUAUACAGACUCUAAGAAGCUGGUAGAAACCCUGUGCACAACUGCUGUGUACAGUGAUAGUGCAUUCAGUAACAGAGACACUAAAGGGGAGUGGCAUCCUUACAAAGAGUAUCGCACAUACUAUCCAGACUGGCACAUUCCUCCAGACCGCACCAUAGAGUCAUCUGACUACUGGAAGUACAUCCUGGUAAAGUACAAUGACAGAUUUGCUGAAGAAUAUAAGGCCAAACCAGCUGAUGUUCCAGAGGCCUGGAAGAGAAUCACAAAGAAACAAGCUCUGAAAGGUUUAAAAGAUGCCUUCAACAUAAAGUGAAUAAUGUUUAAACCUGAUGAACAUCUACAAACUACACAAGGUUUAAGAUCAGACAGAAGAAGAAUCAGUAAUGUUCUUGCAUUUUAUCUAAAAAACAUGUCUUAAGUCUUAAGUCUAGUUCAAUAUAAAAAGUAAGAAUAAAAAACUUAACAGCAAUUUAAAUAUUUUUCAACCUGUGAAUGAAACCAUGUGUUCAACAGAAUACAAUGAUCAUACUAAUCAUGUAAGGAAAUAUGAAAAAAUGGAAUGGAAUAUGAAAGAUACCUGUUUUCUUUUCAGUUAUUAUACUUUAUUUAAAUUAGUUUCUUUUUUAUAUUCUCAUGGCUGAGUUUCCAGUAACCAGUGACAUGAUGAAGAUGAUGAGAAUGUACAGCAGACAUGUGAAAAAGAAAUGUUUUAUUACGUGUUCAUUCAUUGAUGCAGUACGUCUGAGUUUUUUAUAACUAACUCAUAAAGAUAGAGAGAUACUGUAAAAACUUUCUAUAUUUUUUUCUUUCUUUCAUUAAUAAACAUGUAAAGUGUUUUUACAGUUUUAAGUAUAUUUUAUUCUUUUGCUGAAUGGAAUAUUUAAAUGUCAAGAAGUUACCGCUGUUCUUGGAAGAAUGGAUCCUUAACAUGAUGAUAUUAUGAUGUUCAUUGUUAAAUAGAUGUUGGUGUUUUGUGGAAGUAGCAGGUUAGUAGGUAAAAAUACUAUGAUAUAGGUGUAUAUUAUAUACUAUAUAUGUAGUAAGAGGCUACGUGAGACAGAUGUUUUCUAAUAUAUCUCUGUUCUUUCAUAUUUUACAGUUUUAUUUGUAACAUGUAAAUAAUUCUCAUAUUGAGAUGAAUGUGAUGAAAAAGUCAGUGAAAAAGUUCAGACCUCGUGUUUUAAUGUUCGUUCUAAAUGAGACACCAGCAGGUGGCGCUGAUGCAUCAUUAGUAUUUUAGACAAAGCUUGCCAUAUUUUUAUGUUUGACUGUUUUUCAGGAUUCAUGUUUACAUAUAGUACAGUAAUGUGAGCAAUGACUAGUGAUGAUGAGAUAUGUUCAAACAUGUGUCUAAUAAAUAGAAUGUAACAG